AUGAGCCGCAAACGGGCGCCGUCCUGCGCCCACGAAGAAACGCUCGUGUGUCACCAGGGCGAGGUCCUCGCCUUCCGGUUGCGCCCGGCACACCCUGCGGCCGACGCGCCCGCGGCGCUGCACGUGCGCAGGAUGGCGUUCGACGCCGGCUCGGGAACCUUCGUGCCGAGAUCCGCGGCGACCUUCCGCUUCCGGGAAGAAGAAAACAUGUCCGCCUUGCAGGUGGCGCGUUGCGGCCGCGUGUCGGACUUCCGGGUCGGCCUCGAGCUCCCGUACGCGAUGAUGCGAACACGUGGCGACGGCAGCGCCGCCCUCCGCUUCCUGCUGCUGCUCCUGCACGCCGACGACACGUUCGAGACGCGCUUGAGCUUCACGCUCGACCGCGAGUUCGAGGACAGCGUCCGGGUCCUGGGCGGCCCGUCCGUGUUGUGGCGGCGCGGCGACGCGCUCUGCCUCCUGUCGUCCGCCAGCGCGCGCGUCGUCGGCGUCCCCGACGUCACCGCGCGCGUCCUGUGGGCGGGGGAGGUGGCGGACGUGGGCGCGGUGCUGCUGGGGCGCAGGGGCGACGGCGACUUGUGCUUCUACGCCCUGGACAGGCGGGAGACGCUGCGCGGCGCGUGCGCCGUCCCCGCCGCCUACCGCGACGUGACGCACGCGCGCGUCUGCGCGGCCGAGGUGCUCGGCGAUCGGCUGCGCGUGUCUCUGCUCGCCCUCACGGCGAGCGGCCGGCUGGUCUGGCUCCGCGACGGGGCCCCGACCAGGGUGUGCCGGCUUCCGCCCGGCCGCGCCCGCGCCGUGCAGCCCCUGGACGCCGGCGACGGAAAGCGCUUCUUCGUCGUGUCGCUGGACGCCGGCCAGGCGUGCGCCGUGUGCGGGAGCAGCUUCCAGGUCGCCGCGGCGUGGGGAGACGUCCACGCGGUGCUGGUCGACGACUUUGUGGGGCGCGGCACGGAGCAGGUGCUGCUGCUUCUCCGCAACGGCUCGAACUCAGACCGCCUGGCGUCGUUCGUGCUGACGGACCUCGGCGACAUCCACUACUCGAGCGAAGCACCGGGCCUCGGGGAAGAGGACGGCGCGCGGGACAGUCGCCGCCUGCUGAUCCCGCCUCUGCGGGCAGCGCUCCAAGUCGGCGCGGCCGCGGUCGGGGGGCUGAGGCGGCAGCUCGCGCUCAAGGACAAGGUGCUCGCGAGGUCCUUCGCGGCGUUGCUGAGCCUCGUGCACGGCAAGGACGGCCGCGCGCCGCGGACGCAGCAGGUGAAGCUCAUGGUUUCUACGUUGAAGGAGGCUGGGCUCGUGCCGCUCUGGGGCGAAGACGAGCACCGUGUCCCGUCCUCGGAGCCGCGGGACCCGCCGGGCGGUUGCCGGGGCUGCACACGGCCCGUGGAGAAGACGUGGUACCGCGUCCUGGACGACAAGCUGGUGGUCGGCGUGCAGACCGCGCCGGCCUGGGAGGCGUCCGGCCGCGCCCUGACUUUAUCCCUGCUCGUGGAUCGAACCCACGGCGCCGGCUCCCGGCCCGUCCGCUGCCGCACCCGGCUGAUCCGGCUCAGCGCACGCUCCGGCCCGGCCGCACACGGGAUGCCGCCCCGCGCGGGAGGCGACGCCAACGCGGCCACGUGGGCUUGUCCCGCUGAGCCGCAACAGACGUCGGACGGUCGGAGAGCGCCGGGGAGACGCAGCGCACGGCUGGUGACGGCGCUCACGUCACUUCCGCCGCUGCUGGCGCUGCGCCGGUGCCGCUGCACGCUGCUGCUGCACGUGGGCGAGGGCGGGCCCGACGACCGCGCCCGGGACCGGUACGUGCUGUGCGGCCGGCUGGGCCUGGACCUGGAAGACGUCGCGCACGGGACGCACGUGAUGACGUUCCCAGAGAAGACGCGUUUAGACGGCGUGGAGGACCUGGGCGCGCUGCUCGCGGCGACGCGCCGAUCCUGUUUCCGCGUCACGUCGCCCGACUACGUCCUGAACGUGGUGCACGAGUGGCUGUCGGACCGCAUGCAGUGUGACGUCGUCCCCGACUCUCCCGACCUGCGCUUCUGCCGGAGGCCCGGAAGCUUCUACGGGACCGUGUUCCGCUGGAGGCAAACGUCGCCGUUCCAGGGGCUGCUGACCGUCCACUCCAGGAACCGCACGGUGCUGCUCCAGUGCCUCCACGACCUCGUCCGGCGCCUCCCCGUGCGCACUUUCCUCGGGCGCGUCGACUCGGAGCGCGACGAUGAGCUCGUCAUCAACCGCCUGGCCUGGACCGUCGAGCAGGAGCUGCGCGCGCUCGACGCGCUCCCGCCCGUCCUGGCCCGGCUGGAAGGCGACUUCCUGCGGAGCUGCGAGGACCCAGAGCGCGACGUGUAUCUCUGCCGGAGAGAACUCCGGAGAACACCCGGAACGUUCCGGAACGCGGACGGGGGCCCUUGGUUCAGAAACAUGCUCCUCCAGGCGGCGCGGUGGCAGCUGCAGUCGGACCUCGCGGCGCAGAAACUGACGCACGCGUAA